UGGAAUAAGGGCAACAGGGCGAUCGUCACACACAAUAUAACUCGGCUCUGCCCGCUCAUUUAUCAACCCCCUUUUCUCUUUACACCUUCAUACACGCUUCCUUUUUCUUUUAAAGAUGGACUCUCUUCCCGUACCGUCGCCCUCGCUCAAGCGAAAGGCGUCGGUACUUUCUCGUUCCCAUUCUCCAGUGCCCGUGAUCGUAGAGGAACGGCCCACAAAGAAACAGAGACUGCGUCUGCCGACUCCUCCACCGGACAAAGCGCGCCGUCCUCGUGCAGCUCAUCGACGAGCGAUGUCUCUCCCCGUCUCGUCCUCCCAUGGCCGAAGAAGCCUCGAGUUUCCCCUUCGGUCCCAAACCGCAUCGUAUUCGCCUCCUCUUUCUGCCAGCAGCCUCACCCAGGUCAACGCAGAUUACGACAGCGAUGUGGACUACAUGGACGAAUAUAUCAUCGAAUCACCCGUCAGGCCACCGAAGGAGGUCGAGGUUGAGCAGGAGUCUGUUCCGCAGAUGCGUCUCCCCCCUUUGCGGCCCCUCACAAACGUGGAAACCGUCCGCCAGUGGGAUUUCUCGUCUCUCGCAAGCAACCCGCAGUUUCGUCACGAUCUUCUCCUAGAUCCUGAUUUGCCGUUUCUGCGUCCUGGUCCGAGCUACGCACAAAGAAUACUCAUGGACGCGUAUUGGACUGCUGUCGCGCGUGAAGUAGCCACAGGGUGCACCUGCACGGCGUUCGACCCCGCUUCUGGAGCGCCGCAGCCGUGUUGUUGCCAGAUUCUACGGGAGCACGACUCCCAGUCGUUCAUCGGCAUGCUCAGUGGGCAUCGCGUCGUUGGACCCUCUCUCAGCAUACCUGCUCGUCUCCCACUUCUGAUCUCCGAAUGUCGUGCCGUGCUCCUCUCCGCGUUGUGCCCUCCCGAGAAUCCGGCCUGGUUGCCGCAUCCUGGAAAACAGUGCCAACUUGAACAAACAGAGCAGGACCCUCUACCACCACUUCCAGAGGCGCCGUACAACGACUUGGACCUCCCAGAGUACUUCCGUCAAAUCACCAGCGUCAUCGUGCAGAACUGCGCACCGAUUCGGGAUGAGAUGGUCAGCCGGUUGGUGGAAGCUGCACAGAGAGGCGAUGUUGUCUGGGUGCUGAGGAGCUUGCUCGAUCUGGGUGAGCUCAUGAAAAUGGAUCUAGCAAAUUUCGAAAGGCCGCGCUUGGUGGAGCACUUUCUCCACGAAGCCCCUUCGUACGAGACUCGCUACCUUUACGAGACGCUCAUCGCUGCUCGCUCAACCCGACCAAAGAACCUGCGUGCUCUGAUGCCCAAUACCCACAUAUGGCUCACCACCCUUCCGUCCUCCCCUCAUCCUCCUCAACACGCCUGGCAUCGUCUCGCUCAUAGCCUAACUCAUUUCCUUCUCGCUCACGCACUGAGCUCACCUCCCUCACCUCUGCCGGAAACGCUGCGCCUUUCCGAACCUUUCAUCAACUCGCUCUCGACUUUACUGCAAGAUACUUUUGCGCUCUCGAUCCUAUUCUAUCAUUAUCGCACACUCGCCCAUCUCCCGGUACCGAAGAACUACCGGAGACGUAAGCCUGUGCUCGACUAUCUGGAACUGAAGCAGCAGAUAUUAUCUGUCGGUCCACUUCGACUAGGCGCGCCGUCAUCCGAAAGCGUCACGGACAGAGCAGCGUACAUUGAAGGCAUCCGUUCUGCGCUUCUCCUGGUCCGGACACGAGCUGACGACGCACGUUAUCCGUCCACCCUGUCGCCUCACAAGCGGCCGGUCCCGCUCGAACGCGAACUCGUGGCGGAUGAACGAUUCUUUUUCUGUGCACUGCGCCCGACGCCGACCGGGCACACGUUGCUGGGCACACGAGCGCGCAGCUUUGCCAUAGCCACCCUAUCCCGUGCGUUAUCGGCUGCGACCCUUACCAGUCUCAGGCUCUCGUUACCAGCAAGCAAGCAAGAACCAGAUGCGGACCUGCACAGCCUGCUGUCUGAUGCAGGGAUGGGCAUGGACUACCUGUGUGGCGAAAUGCGCGAGCUUGGCCGACGACUGGGCAGGCUCGUCGAGAUCCACGGGCAUGUGUGGAAGCCCGUCUACGAGGCUGAAGGCUGGCUAUGACCUCGCACGUCAUAGCUCUGUAUACCUGUAUACCAGUCUGGAACUUCUCUCUUUCCUCUAUUUACCGACCAUGCUGCCAUCCUGAUGGCUUAUGGCAUGGUCGUUGGAGCUGAAGAGGAUCCCCGUCGCCACAUGCAUCAAGUGCAACACCACUGCUUGUGGUAGACUGAUCUGAAUCAGCGAUCAUCGUUUCACAUCUCCGUCUCAGCGUUCUGGUCCGAUCAUAACAACGCCACGUUCAUUGCGUCGUCUUUUCCUCUUUCUCGUUCUGCGCAUAGGUAGUCAUCUGGGUGAUAUAUGCCUUUUCUCGCUUGCCCUUAUCUUCAA